AUGGCGCCUCGCCGGAGCGCUGCCGCCGAGGCGGAGGAGCAGGAUCCGGAGGCUGGAACAGUGCAGCUGCAGUUCAACGAACCGCUGACAUGGCGCCCUGGAAAGCCAAUUCCCCUCGACACGCUCCUGAAGCGGCUCGAUCGCCUGACCAAGGAAUUGGCCGAGAUGGACCAGGAGACCACCGAUCCGAGCUCGCUCACCAAGGUCGCCAAGGAGGUCGCAUCGCAUCAGCUGCUGAACCACAAGGACAAAGGCGUGAGGGCCCACACGGCAUGCUGCGUCGUCGACAUCCUCAGACUAUGCGCCCCCGAUGCGCCUUUUACCCCGUCCCAGUUGAAGGACGUCUUUAAUCUCACCGUCACCUCCAUCAUCCCCUCCCUCUUUGAUCCCUCGAAUCCUUACAACAACCAGCACAAGUAUGUCCUGCGCUCGCUUGCCGAGAUCAAGAGCAUUGUGCUGCUGCUGGACGUCGAUGGAAGCGAAAACCUACUUCUGCGCCUCUUCUCCACCAUAUUCGACGGCGUGUCCGGCUCCAAGUCCGCUUCGGGGGAACAGGUUGCCAAGGACGUCGAGUAUAGCAUGCAAGAACUGCUGGGCGUGCUUGUCGAGGACGCCACCAGCCUCCCCGCCAAGGUCGUCGAUGUGAUGAUGGCCCAGUUUCUUCGAGCGGCUGCCCCCGGGACCGGCAGGGAACGGCACAAUCACGUGCAGCUUGACGACAACCAGGCGACGCUCCUGGCCAAGGAGGAACCCGAGGCCUACCAGAUCGUGAAGCACCUCUGCCAAGCCUACCCCGACAAGAUGGCCCGCUUCGUCAGCCAGUACUUCAGCGACGUUAUUGUCGACGCGACCAGCUUUGACGGGAGGUCUGACUUCCACGGCGAUGCCGAGGACGGCGAAGAAGGCCACUCCGGCCCGUCCGAGUCGGAUUUGAGGGAACUGAGGAAAGCGCAUACGCUUAUCCGGGAGAUCUGGAAGGCGGCUCCCCAGAUCCUCCAGAACGUGGUCCCCCAGGUCGAUGCCGAGCUUUCUGCCGACAAUGUGCACCUGCGUCAGCUUGCGACGGAAACGCUGGGCGACAUGAUAUCGGGAAUCGGCGCAGCCGGUCCGCCGCCUCCUCCGGCGCUAGACCCAGCAGCGUACCCUCCUCUAAGGUUAGAUGACGAUGACAAGCCGGAGGCUCCCCCGGCCAACAUUCUGACUACGCCGCUCUCGGCCAUCUCCUUUUCCCAAACACACAACACGACUUUCCACAACUUCCUGAGCAGGAAGAAUGACAAAGCCGCGGCCAUCCGUGCUGCCUGGACAACCGCUGCCGGCUACAUCCUUUCUACGUCAGCAGGCGGCAUUGGACUCGGUCGCGAGGACGAGACAGCACUAAUCCAGGGGAUCGGCGAGAAACUCUCCGAUAGCGACGAGAAGGUCAGGCUGUCCGCUGUGAAAGCCAUCGAGUGCUUCAGCUUCCGAGAUGUCAUUCUGAAGCUUGGGCCCAAUGGGGGCGUCGCCAAGGAGGGCUCCGUCCUGUCCACGCUGGCCGACCGCUGCCGCGACAGGAAGCCGGCCGUGAGAGUGGCGGCCAUGUCCCUGCUGGGAAAGCUCUGGGGCGUCGCGACUGGAGAACUGCUCGCGCGGAACGAAGCUGUCACGGCAGCGCUCGGGGCCGUUCCCAGCCGCAUCUACAACUCGUUCUACGCCAACGAUCUCGAGCUGAACGUUCUGCUAGAUCGCGUAAUUUACGAGUGCCUCGUGCCGCUCUCGUAUCCACCAUCCCCAAAGAAGGCCCCCAAAAAUACCGGCGCCAACGGGAAUUCCCAGUCCCCAGGUCUAGCGGCAUCGGCCUUUGAUCCGGACGCGAUUCGCGCAGAAAGGAUCCUGCUACUCGUCCGCUCCCUGGACAAUCCAGGGAAGAAGGCCUUCUUUGCUAUGCAAGCAAGACAGCCACAGUUCGCCCAUGUCCUCGAGACCUACGUCAAGCAAUGCGAUCUCUUCAACGGAGGCGUCAUGGACGACAAUGCGACUCACAAGACGGCCAGCCUCAACAAGACAACCCAAUACAUCGCCCAGUUCCUCCCCGACGAGGCCAAAACCAAGCAGGACCUUUACAGGUUCGCCAAGGCCAACGAUCGGCGCAGUUACAACCUGAUCAAAUAUGUCACGGGCCAGGAGCACGACUUCAAGACGGUUCACAAGGCGCUUAAGGAGCUGAUGAAACGCAUUCAGACCAGCAAGGACCCCGGCAUCCGAGACACGUUGUUGCCUCUGCUCUACCGGUCCGGCUGUCUGAUGUUCAACCGCAGCCACCUGGCGACCAUCAUGGAAUAUUCAAGAACGGACAAGGACGGCAUGGGAGCGGCCGCCCACGAGAUCCUAAACGAGAUAUCGCAACGAAAUCCGGACCUGUUCAAGGCGCACAUCGGGCAGCUCUGCAAAGACCUGGUCGACCAAGCUCCCACGUCAACGCAGGAGAACGAUCCAGUCGUGGUCGAGACGCUGAAGGCCUGCUCUACUUAUGCCCAGAAGUACCCCAAGGAGGUGCCGAUGGACCGCGAGUUCACGCGAACCAUGACCGACUAUGCGCUCUACGGGCAACCCGCCAGGGCCGCCAAGUAUGCGGUGAACAUCCUGCUCGCAAAGAAAGACGACAAGAGCCGCAUCAGCGCGACCGCCCUUCUCCAGAAGGUCCUGAAAGACUGGACAUAUGGGUCACCACGCUUUCUCAACAAGCUUGCCGCCGUGAGCCAGCUGGAGCUUCUCGCACCCAAGGUCACCGAAGCGGCAGACGACGAGAUCCUCAACAUUGUCGUGCAACAGGUCCUUCUCGAGGUCCGCAAACCAGCCAGCGACCGAGACCCGGACUGGGUCGACGACGUGGAACUGGACGAGGAGUGCCAGGCUAAAUGUUUGGCACUCAAAACGCUCGCCAACCGGCUUAGAAGCAUGGAGGAUGCCGACGAGGCGAAGGAGAAGGCCAAGCCGGUCUGGAAGCUCUUGAUGAAGUUGAUAAAGUCCAAGGGCGAGCUCUCCAAGACGAAGGAGACGCCGAAGCAUCACCGCUCGCGGUUGCGGCUGCUUGCUGCACAGCUGCUGUUGAAGCUAUGCAGGCAAAAACACUUUGACGAGGUGCUCUCUGCCGAAGAUUUCGAUGCGCUCGCUCUCACGACCCAAGAUGCCGUCCAAGAGGUCCGUCACGGGUUCGUGAGGAAACUGCAGAAGUACCUGGCGGAUAACAAGUUACGAUCCCGGUUCUAUACCAUUAUCUUCCUGAUGGCCUUCGAGCCGAGCACCGACUUCAAGCAACGAACCGAGACGUGGAUCCGGUCGCGGGCGCGCUAUUUCCAAGACAACAAGCAGCCCGUUCUCGAGGCCGUCAUGGCGCGUCUGCUCUCCCUGCUCGCUCACCACCCUGACUACAAUGCGGAUCCGGACGAGCUGGUCGACCACGCGCGGUACCUGCACUUCUACGUCAGCCUGGUCGCGACCGAGUCCAACCUCGGGCUGAUCUACAAGUACGCCGAGCGCGUCAAGCAGACGCAGGACGCGCUCCACCCCGGGAGCGACAACCACCAGGUGCUGAGCGACCUGGCGCAGGCGGUCAUCCGGAAGUGGCAGGAAAAGAAGAACUGGGUGUUCAGCGCGUACCCGGGCAAGGUCGGCCUGCCGGUCGGCCUGUACACGGCGCUCAAGUCGCACGACGAGGCGCAGGCGAUCGCCGAGAAGCAGCUCGUGCCGGACGGCAUCGACGAGAAGCUCGACGAGCUUUUUCGCGCGAUGGAUCGCAAGAAGAAGCGCAAAUCCGUCGAUGACCGCGCCGAAUCCCACCCAUCCAAAAAGGUCCGCAUCCAAUCCAAAGAACCCAAGUCCAACUCCACCACUACCGCCUCCUCUUCCAACAAAACCGGAGCAGCCUCUGCACACAAGAAAUCCGGCACCGCAGGUAACAGGACCACCACCCCAAAGCCGAAGAAACCAGCCAAGCCCAAGAAGCAAUCCGACGACGACGCCGAGGGCCGCUCGGCCGUGCCCGAGUCGGAGCGCCGGCGCAGCAGCCGGUCGCGCAGGAACGACCUGUCGUACGCCGAGCGCGACUCGGAAGACGAUGACGAGGAGAUGCUGGACGGGGUGGCCGAGUGGGAGUACCUCAGCGAAGGUGGCGGUAGUGGCGAGGAGGGGGAGGGAGAAGCGGAGGAUGCAGAGCAGGGAUCUGCCGAGGAGGGUGACAGGGGAGACGAGGAGGAGAAAGAAGAGGCGGAGAAGGAGGAGGAGGAGGAGGAGGAGGAGCAGGGAGCAGAGCAAGACGAUGUUUCCGAGGCAGCGCGGCAGGAGGCGAAGAGGAAGGUUGCUGCGCGCCGUGGCAGGAAGGCAGAUGCCAAGAAGGGCCGGGCAGCGGCGUCCGCUCGGAGACGGGCGCCGGCUGAGGAAGAGGAAGCGGCGGCGGAGGUUGGUGAGAAAGGAGACGGCGAUGUCGAGAUGGGCGAGGCGGAGGGUGAUGGGGACGACAAAGACGAGGAACAAGAUGAAGAACAAGAGAAGGAACCCUCGCCGUCGCCGCCACCGACGCGCAAUGCCCGGAGGGCCAAAGCAGCAACAAUUCCCGCUGGUGCCGCGUCCAAGGCGAAGCCUGCCGCCGCCGCUGCUGCUGCCAAGGGGAAAGCCGCUUCAGCAGCUAAGGGCAAAGCUGCGGCUGCGGCGCCGGCGGCGGGGAGGGUGACCCGCGGCAGGAAGAAGGCUGGUGCAGAUGGGGAUGAGUGA